AUGACUGAGCCUAUGAAACAAAGUUACUGGUACUGUGAUGCAUGCAGUCGGCUUCUCUUGCAUGGUGAAUAUCGCUUCAAUUGCACAGUAUGUGAUAAUUAUGAUUACUGUGAACAAUGUGUAACGACAGUCGAUCCACCACAUCCGCAUCGAAUGAUUCCUGAACUGGCAUAUGGUCGUGAAGAAACAAUAGAAUGUGCUACAGCAGAUCUAGCUACUGCAAUUCGAGCUGCCAUACGAAUGUAUUCAGAUCGCCAUUGCAUGGGUACACGUGAUGUUGACAAAGAGAAUCCUUCCAUCUAUAUGGACUCAUAUUCAUGGCUUACAUUUAAAAUAAUAGGUGAUCGAUCGAAGAACUUUGGGCAUGGAUUACGACGUUUAAUUGAGCCACGUGGUUAUCUUGCUAUUUGUGGAGGAAACAGACCUGAAUGGAUGAUUACGGAUUUUGCAUGCAUCUUCCAAAGUAUUAUUAGCGUACCAAUAUACACUUUAUUUAAUGAUCGUGAAAUUGCAUAUAUCGUCAACAACACAAAAGUAUCGGCUGUCGUUUGUGACAAAAAAAUGCUAAAAAGAUUUAUUGACUUGCAAUCACAAUGUCCAUCACUCCAACAUAUUGUCUGCAUGGAUCCUAUUCCCGAUGUAAUAUCAAACACACCGGACAAUGGUCUCUCCAUACAUUUUAUGGGUGAUAUCGAACAAGCUGGUUUCAUCAAAAAGUAUGACUAUGUCACUGUUGAACCUGACGAUUGCCUCACAAUCAUAUAUACCAGUGGCAGUACUGGUUUUCCUAAAGGUGCUAUCAUCUCGGAAAGUGCCUUUCGAGCAACGUUUCCACGAUGGUGCUUACCUUCUUCUCUUGAGCGUGUUACAUUGUCUUACCGUCCAUUGUCAUGGGCAGCUGAUCGUGAUGCUAUUAUUACAACUUUUCUCUGUGGAGGGCGCACAGGAUUCUCCACAGGAGAUCCUUCCAGAUUUAUGGAAGAAUUAGGUCUGGUUAGGCCGACAUAUUUUGGCGCACCUCCAAGUAUCUGGAACAAAAUAUAUACUGAAUUUAAAACUUCUCUUGCAUUGAUAACUGCUCACUGUCCACCUGAAGUCAUAGCAGAUGAAGAACAACAUCUUCUACAACAAUUCUCAAAACUUAUUCCUAAUCGAUGUAAAUCAAUCGCUAUUGGUGGUGCUAUGGUCAGUCCAGUAGUAUUAAAUUUCAUGAAACGAUGUUUUACACAUUGUUCAGUCAAUGAAUCAUAUGGAAUUACUGAAUGUGGGAGCGUCACAUACAAUAAUCUUGUUGAAGAUACACUUCAGUAUCGUCUUGAAUCUGUUCCAGAAAUGGGUUAUUCACUCGAAGAUAAACCAUUUCCUCGUGGAGAACUUUUAACAAAGACUGCACAAAUGUUUUCGGGAUAUAUCAAUAAUCCAGAAGAAACUCGUGCUACUCUUACAGAAGAUGGAUUCUUUCGAACAGGUGACAUUGUUGAAUUACAUACUUGUCAAAAUGGUCAAAUUGAUAUACGUGUUAUUGAUCGUAAGAAGAGUUUCUUUAAACUUUCUCAAGGACAAUUUAUUUCACCUGAAUUUCUUCAAAAUAUCUAUAUGCAAAGUCUUUUUAUUGAACAAAUCUACAUUCAUGGUGAUCUUUUAUCAGAUUCUGUCUCUGCAGUUAUUGUUCCUGAUCGAAAAUAUGCACAAGCAUAUGCUAUUGAACAUAAUUUGAUAGACUUUGAUAUGAAUAAUCCUCAUCCAGAAUUUAUUGAUGCUGUCUUACAAGAUCUUCGUUCAAUAGGUGAAAAAGAAUCACUUCGAAAACAUGAAAUUCCAUCAGGAAUCAUUAUUGAUUUUGAACCAUUCACACCUCAAAAUGGUCUUCUUACUUCUUCAAUGAAAUUAUGUCGUUAUAAAUUAGCUGCACAUUAUGCUGAUCGACUUAAAACAUCUAAUAGUAUUGAACAACGACUAAAAACUAUUAUUGAAACUGUUACUGGACAAUCGAUUUCAACAGAUAAUAAAGAAAAAAAUGUAUUUUUAAGUAUUGGUGGAGAUUCAUUAGCAGCUAUACGUUUAUCUCGAAUGAUUGAAAAUGAUCUUGGAAUACCAUUAUCAUUUAACAUACUAUUUGAUUCUACAAUGAAUCUAGAACGAUUAACAACUUUCAUUCAAAAUCCUUCUCAAUUCUCUUCAUUUUCUCAAUCAAUUAUAGUACAACAAUUAUUAAAUGAUUCUCAUUUAGAUUUGAACAUAAAAAUUGAUAAACAUAAAUCUAUAAAUGGUUUUCCUUCGAUGAUUUUCAUAACUGGAACAACAGGAUUUGUUGGUGCCUUUUUAUUAGCAGAAUUAUUAACAACAUAUCCUUUGGAAUGUAAAUUUGUAUGUCUUAUUCGAUGUCAAUCAUCAAUAAAUGCAUUAGAUCGUAUUCGAAAGAAUAUGUUAUUUUAUCAAAUAUGGAAAGAUGAUUAUCAACAACGAAUCAUUCCAUUACAAGGUGAUCUAGCACAAAAUCAUUUUGGACUUGAUGAUAAAACAUAUGAAUCAUUUGCUCGUCAAAUUGAUAUUAUCUAUCAUUGUGGUGCAACUGUUAAUUUUAUUCUUCCAUAUAGUCAACUUUAUGGACCGAAUGUUUAUGGUACUCGAGAAAUUAUUCAUUUCGCUACUCAUAUUCCAUCUUCUUGUAUACCUAUACAAUAUAUCUCAACAAUAAGUGUUUUAUCUCCUCAUAUUGACAAAGAGAUAUCAAUUGAUGAAACUUCUCCUGAACAGUUAAUUAAUGGUUAUGCACAAAGUAAAUGGGUAGCUGAAAAACUUAUUGCCAAAGCGAAUUAUUGUGGUUUAUCAGUUAAUAUUUAUCGUUUAGGAUUGAUUUGUGCUGAUAGUAGAACAGGUUCAUGUAAUCAACAUGAUAUUUAUACAUUAUUAAUUGCUGGAAUGAUAAAGAUGAAUUGUUAUCCAAAAUCAUUAAUUCAAUUUCAUUUGAAUGGUUUACCAGUUGAUUUUACUACAAAAAGUAUUGUAUAUUUGAGUAAUAUUCAAUCAAAUGUCUUUGGAAAUAUUUAUCAUGUAAUCAAUCGAAAUAAUGAAAUAAAAUUUGUUGAUAUAAUUGAUGGUAUGCAUAAUGAUGGUAUUGAAUUGGAAAGCAUUUCGUAUGAUGAAUGGAAAAUGAAAAUGAAGACAAUCAAUAAUCAAAAUAAUCCUCUUGAAUUUGUAGCAGAAUUCUUCUCCAAUGAUGAUUUUAGAGAAAGAAGUAUUGUAUCAGCUGAUCGGUUUUACAAUGCUGUUUCUGCAUUAGAUUUUCCAUCGUUCGACAAAGAUUAUAUUUCUAAGUGGUUAAAGUUUAUAAUGCAUAAUAUUGUUCGGAAAUAG